AUGGCGUCAGGAACUCUAAAAAUACACGUUGGCCAAGUACGGAUUGUUCCAGGCGGCAAGCGCAAGGUUUACGUCCGCAUCCACACAACCAACGCCAAGACGGCCGCCUGCGAGACCCGCACCGCCAAGACCAGGUCUGGACUUGCCGCAGACAUCAACGAUGAAGUGACGUUUACUGUCACCGAGGCGGACGAAGAGAUAUUGCUGCAGGUCUACGAAUCCGUGUUUGGGCCAGACACUCUGCUCGGCACGGCGCGCGUGUCCCUGUGGGUCGUGAUCACAGAGGGUGCUCAGGCGCUGGUCGUCCCAAUCCUGCCGCCCCGCGGCGGCCCCCCCGUCUGUGAGGUGGCGCUGCAGAUGCGAUUUCAGCUGCGCGACCGCCAUCAGCAGGCUGCGCUGCAGCAGGCGGGCGCGGCGGCGAUCCCACCCCCGCAGUGGCAGGCGCCGCCGCCAGCGCAGCACCAGCAGCAGUGGCAGGUGUCAGCGUCGCAGACAUCGUACCCACAGCAGCCCCAGCCCGCGGCGAUGGGGUACCCUGCUGUAGGUGCGCUCAGCGCACCGCAGUGGGGCCAGCAGGAGCCUACCAGCGGGUCACAGUGGGGCCAGCAGAAGCCCGCCACCCCCUCCUGGGGCCAGCCGCAGGCGCCCGUGCAGGCACCGCAGUCCGCGGUGGCCCCCUCACCCUACCCCCAUGACCCUUUGGCCUACCCUCACCAGUGGGCCCCACCUGCAGCUGCAGCAUCGCCGUCGAGCGGCAAGCUGGCGCAGCAGCUGCCGUACCCCCAGCAGCAGCCGCCGUACCCACAGCAGCCGCCCGCUGGCUAUGCACAGCAGGCGCCUUACCAUAGCAGCGGUCCCCAGCAGCUGCCCACUAUGCCCGUGGUGUAUGGCAGCGGCCCGCCGCCCAACGGUGGGCACGCUCCCGCGCAGGCGGCACGGCCGUCGAAGCCCGGCAUUGGCAUAGGCACGGCUUUGCUGGGCGGACUGGCUGCAGGCCUGGCACUGGACGCCAUCUUCUGA